AUGAAUGAGUUGGAUAAAUAUGAAUUCCCUAACAAAUCAAGCAAUCACCAUCUAGACAAUUCUCCGCCAAGUCCAGGUACUUCCCCUAGGCAGUCCACCCAGCAAAUUCCUCUGCGCUCCGCCAUCUCGUCCUCUGACAGGGCUUUUCUCAGAGCGACAGGCCAGCAGCCAUCGACGAGCACUACAAAGGUCAUUCCUGCCUGCUUCAACAACCUCAACAUCUACGACUACACGGACUCCCGCAGGAAAUCUGUGGACGUCGGCGGUCUGGCCAGAUCUAACAAAAACUCAAAGGAUGGUCUAAGCGAGCUCAUUGGCGAUCUAUUCAAAAAGUCUACGCACCUCAACGAAGAGGACGAGUUUCAUUUUGAUCCUUCGGUCGAAAUUCCUAACAAAUCUUUCUUGGUUGAUAAACUGUCCACUUGGUCGUUCCAGCCGCUUAGUUUAACUAACGACGACUUAUUCAAUUGCGCUAUAAUUAUUGUUGAGAGCGCUCUCACCUUGCCCUCGUUAUCACAACUCAACUUGUCCCAGUUCAUUCCUUUCUUGGUAGCCGUUCGUAAAUCGUACAGCGCUCCAAAUGCUUAUCACAACUACACUCACGCAAUUGAUGUUCUACAAGCAACUUACUCGUUCCUCGUUUUGCUUCAAGUCGCUCCACCUAUCAGCAACCUGAACAGUCAUGAACCAUGGCAAAGGUCUCAGACCGGUUUAGCUUCAACUUUACUCUCAGAUUGGGAUGUUCUUUCUCUAUUAAUUUCGGCUAUCGGUCAUGAUGUCGGUCAUCCUGGUUUAAACAAUACUUUUAUGAAUAACGCCCAAACACCGUUGUCAGAGAUUUAUCAAUCAAAGUCAGUUUUAGAGAAUAUGCAUUGUUUCCUCCUCGUUCAAUUACUCAGGAAACACAACCUCGGUUUUCUUAUUGGCGCUUCUUCCGUCUCUUCAUUAUCUCCAUUUGACGUUAUAGAUAUUACUGACGAUCACUACGAUAGUGUCGAAACUAACCAAUUAAAAAGAGCGUCCGCGAAAGCUGAAUCAGAGGUAACUGCGAUGGCUACAGCAACCCCAAAUUCUCCAACAACUCCAACAACUUCUGCAGCUCCAAAGGAGAAUAAAACUACACACGAUGCUAGAAAAUUCCGUAACUUAAUGUCAAAAACCGUUUUAGCAACUGACAUGAGUCUCCACUUUGACUUUAUGAAAAUGUUGACAGACAUGCGCGAACGUAGAUUAAAUGGGAAAGAAUGCGAUGAAGAUUUAGACAGGACUUUAUUAUUACAAGCUUUGAUAAAGUGCGCUGAUAUUAGCAACCCUGCCCGCCCUUAUCACGUCUGUGAGCACUGGUCUAAAGCUUUACUCGAAGAGUGGGCAAAACAAGCUGCCUUGGAAACUCAACUUAGUUUGCCUGUCACUGUAUUCAGUAGUGCUGAUCCAGUUUCACAAGCUAAGUCUCAAGUCAGCUUUAUUGAUAUGUUUGUCCAACCAUUAUUUCAAACUUUAUCAGAUUUCUUACCGGGUAUGAAAGGUGUUUUAGAACAUUGUAAAAAGAAUAAGGAAAGAUGGUUAUCGAAGACAGAGAAAUCUGAGUCACAGAAAACUUCACCUCCACAAGCUACACAAUCUUCACCAUUAGUUAUGUCUAGAAAUGUUUCAAUAAGCAGCCAAGGUGGUACGAUAAGUGGUAUUAACUCUCAUAGAUCAUCCUUGUCAGGUGCAGCCCCCCAUCACAUGUUCUCGGCAUCAUGUUGCGCCGGUUCAACACCGUUAAUGAGCCCGUCAGCUGAGAUCAAUUUGCAAUUCAGUCGUAGAUCAUCAACAGCGAAGCCAAUAGCAAUUCCAAGCCGUAGAUCAUCUUCAAUUUCAACUGAUGAUUCUGGAAUAAUGCGUCAAACAGAGGCCAAACAGUUUAUUAAUGAUGUUAGUAAACCAUCUUCAACAGCGCCGGCAUCAAACGCUAGCGUAACAGCAUUUGAUCCUAGGUUUAGACAGUUGUUCCCACUUUCACUCCCUCAAGCUUUGUCAGUUAAUGCUAACGAUGGCGAUGAGCUUGGUGGUCAAUUAAGGUCAGUUUCACCUGGCCAUAGACAGAGUCGUUAUAGAGUUAGCUGGCCUGCAUCACCUUACUCAUGUGGUUUCAAUUAAAGGAAUCCUUUUUGGCAUUAUUUAACAUCAUUUUUGGCAUAUUUAUUAACUUAUAACACCAGCAUCAUCAGGCAACAUCAUCUUUGCAUCAUUCAUACACGAAUCUCUCAUUAUUUUUAUUCUUAUAGACACAUGCAAAUAGACGCAAGAUCACAAUUUAUAUAGAAAUCCCAGAACAUCAAAGAGCAA